AAAUUUGCAUAUACAAAAUUUGCAUACACAUGACUACAGAAAUACGGUUGUAGCCUGUGCUGAGGCUUCCAGUCUUUGAGAGGUUAACAGUGCCCAAGCGACUGCCCUCCAGGCAACCGGAUGAUAAAAAAAAGGUCUAUCCGCUACAUGUGUAACUUGUAACGUGUAAUAUGUUUUCUCCAUCAAUGCCAUCAGGACAGACUCCUAUAGCAUCAGGAAAAACUCUCCAGCCAUGUUCAGGGUUGGAGAAGAACUGUAGAACAGGCACAACGGUUGACAUGAACGCCUGUAAACUUGUGACAGAUGAACAACUUGACAAAGGCCAACUUCAGUGCACUGAAGAUGGUGCCAGUUCUAGAGCAAUCUAUGACACAGAUGGAGAACUAGUCCAGAAUGAUGUAGAACUAGUCCAGAACAAUGCAGAACAUGUCCAGAAUAAUUUAGAACUAGUCCAGAAUGAUGGAGAACUAGUGCAGAAUGAUGGAGAACUAGUCCAGAACAACAGAGAACUACAUGUAGGUGGCAACCUGUGUGCUGAUCAUGUUGUAAAGCAGAUAGCACUAGCAAAGACCAAAGGUUGUGAAAGGUCUACUUUCGACCAAGGGGUUUCGGUGGGAAAAGUUUCAAAGACGACAGUAGAAAAUGACAGCAGCUCUUCAGUGAAAAUUGUGGGAGAAGUUGAUCACUCAGGAGAGAGUGGAAGAGGAGGGAUAAGAGAGCAGACUCCAUCAGUGGAACAGGGAGAGAAAGAGAUUUUGGAUGUUGUUGGUGGCUUCCACGAUGGAUUAUCCAACAGUAAGAUGACUAAGUGCGCCUUCAGAGCUGUGGAAUCUGCUGAGGGGAGCCGAUCGGACACGCCGACCAAGAAACAGUUCAAGUCGGAGUUUAAGGGCACAGAAGAGGUGCGGACUUGGAGCCAUGAGCUGCAGCAGGGGUAUCGCAUCCUUCGGGAGAUCAUGGUCGACCAUUACAAGAACAUCUCAUGGCCGUUUGUGAACCCAGUGGAUGUGGAGGGAGAGAACCUGUGGGACUACAAUGACAGGAUCAAACAACCCAUGUGUCUGAGGAAGAUCAAGGACAAGUUUCACAACAGUGAUUACACCAGUAUCACAGAGUUUGUAGCUGACAUGCGGCUUGUGCUGGAGAACUGUUACCGCUACAAUGGCAUCAACCACUACGUCUCCAAACAGGCACAGAAGAUGGAGAAAGUCCUGGAGCAAAAGCUGGCUCUGCUGUCCAAGACCCUGAGGGAAAAAACAACACUACACAUGACAUCAGGAGGGAAGUAUGGGGAGGAUCCUGGGUCUAAACGUCGGUCUGUAGUCAGGAGUCUGCAGGUUACCCAUGAUCAGACUGGUUCUGUACUACUCACAUACAUCCGCACAGAGAUAGAGGCACAGGAGAAGGAGGACCGCCGGCUGCGUGAGCUGGAGAAGAGAGAGGAGUGGCAGAAACAGCAGCAGGAGAUCCUCGACUGGGAAAACAAACUGCUGGAGGAGACCCAUCUCAAGGAACUCUGGGAAAUACCAGCCAUUGGCCACUUCCUCUGCCUAGCUCAGCAGAUUCUCAACAUCCCAGAGGUGGUGUUCUACGAGUUGGAGCGAGGCUUAGCCAUGCCGCAGGCCAGCUCCACACUGGCCAUGGUGUUCACCUACCUCCUCUGUACCCCACACCAACGCACAAAACUCCCCAAGAAGCCACACAUGCCUUACUCUAUAUGGAACAAAAAACUCAAGGAAAGGCUUCAGGAAUGGUAUGAUAUUCUAGAUGAACAAGACACCUAUGAGGACGCAGCUGACUACAUAGGUAUCACGCGGGAGUUUUUCCAUGAACUUGGGGAGACAAAUCCGCUUGUAGAUCAACAGUAUCAUGAGUUGCCUUUCAGACAGCGAGUUUGGAUCCUGAAGUCCCUGUGCGACAACGUGUACUGGAGUGAAGUGGAGAUACAGGAGACGGUGGACGGGCUGCCCGUGUUCGAGCAGAGGGAGGUCAUUCUGGGGUACGACGCGGACGGGUGCGCGUACCUGCACUUUCCACAAUUCUGUGGGGCUGACCUGCGGAUCUACAAACAGCGGCCGCUACCGGUUCCCUGCCUGCUGAAGACUGAGAAGAAAAUUAAAAAGAACCUAAAUCAGUCGGAGACCAGCUCACAAAAUGCAGAAACAAAGACUGAAGAAGAAGAAACAGACAGACAGAAAACUGCAGAAACUGAAGACGUGAAACAUGAAAAUGAAGACAUUAAGGACAGUGAAAACAAGGAUGAUGAACAUCAGGAAGAUGAAGAUCUCAAAGUUCAGUCAUCAGAAAAGACAGAGUCAAGAGAAGGAUCUCCUACAACGGAAGAAAAGGGGCAGGGGGAUGCUGCAACUCAAAGAACAUCUUCCACACAAGAGCAGACAGUCUCAGAUCCCACACAGGCUACGUCAGAGCCAACAACAAGCGUUUCGAAGUCAAGGCAUGAAUGCAGCAAAGUCAAAACGGAAGAGACAUCCGUGGAAAAGCUAUCCGUGGAGCAGAAUCCUCACAAAGGAAGUGGAGACGGUAAACUAUUACACGAGGAGGUGACUACUGAAAGUGCAACAAGAGUGAAGAAAAGAAAACAGGUGAACAGAGACAGUAACUCAGCGUUAAGAGACAAUGAGAGAGUGCACAGGGCAUCCAAACGAAGGAAGGUUGUGUUGUCCAAUAGCCAGGAUACUGCUAGUCCUGGUGUAGAAGGGCUGCAUGCAUACAUGUCUCCGAGACGCUCCAAGCGACAGAAGAAUAAGGUGGAGAUGUACACCACUCCAGACCACAGGCAGUCCAGUAGGAAACUCAGGGACAACCAGGCUGACACUGGUGCAGGGAAGGUCUCAUCAAGUAAGAAGAAAAGGAAGAAGAAAAAGACAAAAGACAAGACCAACAGUUGUAAGAGCACCAGUGUAGAGCUGGAAGAAGGACCAGAGUUCAUGACAGCCUGUGAGAGUGUCGAGGAACUGAGAACUCUGACUGCACAAUUUGCACAGCCAACUGCUGAAGAUAUCCUCAAAUGCAACAAGUUGGGGAAGUCUCCCCAUCGGAAGCGCUCAGUGGUGGAGCUGCACCAGGUGCUACAGAACCUGCUGACUGAGCUGGAGCCGUGGGAACAGAAACUGGUCAAGGCUCGCACAAAGGCCAGAAACAAACUGCUUUCCGAGUGGCGAGACUUCCAGUCUGCACCACCGAGCAGUGAGGAGGUCGUUGAUGUUUGGGGAGACAGUGAAGAGGAAGUUAUAGAAGCAGAAGAUGAGGAGCUGCAAGAAGAAGUGCAAGAUGAGCAGGAGGAGGAGGCUGAAGAAGACACAGCAUUGUCUGAUGAAGAAUGGACCAUUGGUAGCAAGCGAUCAGGAACUGUAACUGUUGCUGCUAAAGGAGAGUUAGGCAGGCUUCGCCCAAGGAAGAGAAUAUGUACCAGAGAGACUGAAACAAAGCAGACAGUAAAGGUAGAACCUGCUGCAAAGGAACCCCUGUCUGUGUCGCGUAAUAUCUGGGACUCGUUGAAAGCUCCUCCUGGUCAUUUCUCUGCCUCUGGGUCACAGCCGCAAACAGCGGCACAACUGCUCCUGUCCAUGAAAACCAAAUGCAGCGUAGCCUCUCCACAGCUAGCACAAAACUCUGUCACCGUUAACAAGGCACCGAGUCAGAUGGUACACCUCCGCAAAAACGUGGACAGCAAUGUCCCGCAAAUAAUCCAGCUGCAACAGGAAGGGGUAAGAAUUCUCGGCCCCAAGAAACCCACUGUCACAGGCCAACACGUGAAGCAAAUUCUGCCUCCUAACCAAUCAGGUGCUGCAACUCUGAAGGUGCCGCUCGUUCAAAUGUCUACCACGCAACAGACUGGUGCAAAGGGGGUCAAAGGAAGCCCCAAAGUGCCUCAGAUCUUACAACUGCAAACCAGUGGUUCCAGUCAACCUAUAUAUCUGCUCCAACAAAUGAAUGAACAAGGGCAAGUGGUAUACCUCCAACUCCAACCUACCUCCAACUAUGGAACAACUGCCUCUUCCAAGACAGUCACAGGUCUCUCAAACAUUGUCACAACCAAGUCGGAAGGAAACAGUAACCUUGUCAGCCCUCAAAUCAGUAGACCUAAAUUCCAACCUGAAACUCUUACCUCACAACAGCAUUCUAAUCUCACGGUUAAGAAGUCAAACAUUGAUGCAAACUUGCCACUUUCAAACAAAGGGCUUCAGAACCAGGCGACUGCCAGGUUGUCUGCUACGUCAGUCCAACAACAACAUCACACCGUUGUGGGUCAGCUGGGCGCAACUACAAGAACAAUCGCUACAACUGCUGCAACAGCAGACGUUAAGCUUGCCUCCACACUACUGAAUCCUGCAGUUCUACAGCAGAAUGCUUCACCAGUUAUUGUGAAACCCCUUGCUGCAGCAGCAGGGUCAGAAGGAUGUCAAGUUGUAGCGCCGUUAGCCAAAGCCGUGGCACAGUUCAGACCAACAACUCCACAGCUCAUGCAAGCAGGAACAAAAGUGGUCAUAUCUAACGUAAAUCAGGCUCAGCCGGCUUUACAACAAAGGCUGGUAACUCCGCAACUUGUACAGAGAGGCUUGAAAAUCGUUUCGGCAGAUGCACAACAGAAUCAAACCAGUUUACCUGCAGGAACACAGUUGAUUAAGACAGGAGUCCCCACAGGUAAGAUGUACCCGGUGACAACCCCUUUUGCUGCACAAGGCACGAAAGUUGUCCAUGCAUCAACGUUGCAGCCAACAGUGCAGCCUGUCGUCAGUCCCAACACCCCCCAGUCUCAGCCACGGUUGCAGCUUGUACAGCUGAAGUCUGUCCCCAUACCUGGCCCUGGACAGGGAAAAACCCAGGGCCAAAUUGCACGAACAGUUCCCCAGACCCAAAGCAACCUCGCUACAACUAACACUCCUGCACAAGUCAUGCACUUUAAGUUAAGCCCAAUGAUGUUGAGUCCAGUGCACAGUGUGCCACAGAAGGAUGGAGAUGGAUUGCCAAACGUUGCCAGUUCCCCAAGAACACAGCAUUCUAUUCAGGGUACAAAUAUUCAGCCGAAUCUUCAGCUGACAGGCGGUACAGCCAACACAGCAGCGACAGCACAGCUCAAGUCAGUUGGCAGCGGACUUGUCAGCCAGCCAUCACUACAACACCAGCUGAUGGUCAGCCCUCCAGUGCAACCACUUCUUCAAAGUCCAGGGCUGGUGACUGCAAACGGGAUACUGCUUCAACCGCAGGCUAAGCAGGAGGCAAAAAUGGUCACUGAAAGUCCAACAGUUGUACAGGUCAGCCGUGGAGCGCAGCAGCAAAUAUUGAAACAACCUACACAGGGUGCCAGCGCUGACGGCGUUCCACACCAGCUAGUAACACCUGCUUCAGUCGGUGUCGUUAAAUCCACCCCUCAAGCAAUGCCCUUGCCUCAGCCAAAGGUGGUGUUUUCAUACUUGAAAACAAAUAAUACUCCAGCAACAUCGAUCAUAAGCAAUGCCAAUGCUGCCAUCCAAGGACAGACUGUUAACGUACACACCAGGCUGGUAGCACCACCACUAUCUGUGACAGAUGGAAGCAAAAAUGUGGGACUAGUAUCGCAGAAGCCAAAGCAAAGAGAGGUACUGCCAAAUGUUGUCAGCAAAGUCCAUGGAGAAAAUGUCCCACCUUCUAAGAUACAAACUGUGUCUGUAAGUCCCGGGCAGGGGGCUGCCCCAAAACUUGUAGGCAGUCCACAAGGUGCUGCCCAAAAACUUGUAGGAGCUCCCUUGGCUAGCCCUCGUCCAGUGGUGAACCUUUCCAGUUCAUCCAUGCCACAUCAAACUCGCACCUCCCCGGCAAGUCAGAACACUGUAAAUCAUUCAGCUGGGAGGCAGUCUACCCUCACCAUCUCCCCCUCCCUGCUACAGGGUCUGCCGGUCCACACAGCAGGUGGGUUGAACUACGUCCAGCUUCUACUAAACCAAGGGGGUGUGAAGACCAUGUUAGCCGUACCGGUCCAGGUCCAGCCUGGAGGGAAAGUCGUCAUUCCGACAGGCACCGUGAACAGCCUGCAGACUACCGUAUCGGCAUCCCAGCCUCCCGUACGCGCACCUUCCGGGCAACAAACCGCAACAUCACACCUUCAGGGACACGUGAACCAGCCAACGUCAUCAGUUCAAGUACUGACACAAACAACACUGACGGGGCAAAGGCAGCCUGGAGGUAAAACAUGUGCUCUGAGCUCCCCUUCCACUGGAACUUUAGCUGCACCAGUGUCAUGCACUGGGAUAUCACCAGGAACUCCAAAUGUGUGUCCUUCCUCUGUAGGGAUAGAAACGAACAGAAGUACCAAUGUUUGUUGUGUGGAGUUAGCCAGCACUUUUUCAUCAGUACCUGUAAACCCACAACCUUCAGCUGGAGCAGCCACCCAAGUUGUGUCACGGACCAUGAGUGUACCUAUUAUGAGCCCCAGUGUUGAGCAAACUAAGGGACAUGUCGGUGUCUCCAAAACACAUACCACUGAAAAUGAUACAAAUACUAGUAGCCGGUAACAAAGUGAGUGUGAGAAGGUCAGACAUCCACGUAAACAAUAAUCAUAGAAAUUCAAACUCUAUUACUGGAUAAAUUAUGGAGAAAACUUCCGGACAUUUUGAGUGACAUCCAUCACUCUUUUCCAGCAUCACUAGUGAACUAAAAGAACUAGUCAACACAUCUAGUAGUUCAUUAGUGACGCUGGAGAAGAGUGGUGGAUGUCACUCAAAACAUCCGGAAGUUAUCUCCAUAAGUUAUCCAGUAGUAGAGUUUGAAUUUUCUAUGAGCAAAGCGACUCUAAGAUAUAAAAUGGGCUUUCAAGCUAAGUGCAUGACUUGAGUUUUAUCAGUCAUUACAAUAAGGACUCUGACAUUCUGAUAUGUAGUGAUAUUAGUGAGCUGUGACUAAUGUACAUCAUGUUUCACUCUGUCAUAACUAAGUAAAAAGGUAAAACUUAAGGCAAGUCUUUUUUAGGCUAGGGGCGGUGGGUUGUGUCUAGGGCACAGUUUUGGAAGACAGAGCCUAUCCCUCUCCUUUACCUCCUCUCAUGGCAUCACUAGAAAAUAUUGUAAACGGCUCGUCAGUGAGGGAGGCUGCUUUGAAAUCAUUGCAAGGGUUAGAUCCUGCUAAGUUAUUCACUGUAGAAUACUAGAAAGCAAUACCCACAACUCGAAAAGGGUUUAUAAACAAAAUUCUAUGCUACCUCAAAAAUCCUGCAGCAUAUUCGAGUGGGGAAUGUACAAUGUAUGCUACCAAAAAGCACCAUGUGCUCUCAGGUUGUUUGUAAUAGCUGCAAUGUAGACAGGGUUAACUUGGGAAAAUAACAGUACUGAUAACUAGCCGACUAGUAAAUUUGCUGGUGAAGCACUAAAAUUCAUCUAUUUUGAUGUCAGGUCUUUUGACUUAGUUAUUUACAUGUAUAUAUGUGGAAGAGUCCAUUUUGCUUGUCAUGGUGUUUUUCUGUUUCGAAAAAGGCCUGCAUAUUUUGACUAACAGUGCCAGGAAGAAAGAUCUACCAUUGUAACCUUGUAUUGUCAAUACAAUAACUUUUACCCCCACCACAAAAUGUAAAAAAAGUUAUCCUUAUGUCACGAUCAUUUAACAAAUGGAAAGUAUUGUCUUUUUUUGAGUGAACUUACAUGGGAUCCAAUGCUGAGUGUUUAGUGUAUUUGGCUUAAUGCAUGAUAAUUUCUUUUCAAAAUUGAGAUGUGCAUGAUAUGAUCGUGGUUCAUACAUAGACUUGUGAGUAAAAGAAUUCCCAGAUGA